AAAAUAUAAUAAUAAUAUUACAAAAAAAUAAAAAACUUGGGGAGGGGCCGUGGCCCCCUUAAGCAAUAGGGUAGCUCCGCCCCUGGCCUCGAGCUCUUGUUCAUGAGUGUGCUUGCCCCAAUUGGAAUUAAGUUGCCCAGUAUUUUCUGUACAAUGACCAGAUCCUGAGAAGGAAAACAAAUACUACGUAUGUAUUUGGGAGAGAAGGCAAAGGCUCAGCUGUUGCGAGAUUCUAAGAAAGAUAUCGAAUUGGUUGUGUCUGAGUUGCAAAAGAACCCUCCCAACUAUACACAGCAAAACCAUGGAACUAAAGAAGAGCUUCCUAUGAACACUACGGAAAAUGGCAUUGCUGCAUUGCCAUCUUAUUAUAGGGCUCAUAGGUUCUGCUUUUCACAACUAUCCACAAUGCAACCUAUUUUUCCUAGUAGGUUAAUUGCAACCAUGGCAACCUCAGGGCAUACUAUUUCCCGAGAUGCUUCAAGUCCUGACUGUCAAGCAACUCCACGUAUCAAAUAUAAGAGGCUCGAUAAGACAGCAAAACACAUAAUGCAGGUAUCGAAUUAUUAACCAAUCAUGUGAUGGGGUUCUCUACUACUAUCUGCGUCUCUGGAUGGUGUAUUUGGAGCCUUGGCGUUGCAGAUUUUGGACAAAGAAGCAGGUUAAGAAGUGAAGACUCAAAGAGAGAUACCUAAUAUAAGGCCUGGCUAUACUUUGCAGCUCAAAGUGGAAGUACCCGAAAAUAAGAGGCGUCUUUCAAUAAUCAAAGGAACAGUAAUAGCGAGGCGCAAUGCUGGUUUGAAUAAUGCAUUCAGAUUAAGGAAACUGCUGAUACUUGUAGUGCAUGUGGGCAUGUGGCAUUGACGCUGAAAAAUUGUUUCCAGGUGGCGGCAAAAACAAUUUGUUGGAGUGUUUAUUUGUGGCCUUUGAGAGGAGGAUUGCUGCAAAUUUAUUGUGGUGUUAUGGGGGAGUGGUAUGGGGGUGGAAGAGGAGGAAUGAUGAAGUAUAGAG